AUGACAGACAGCCCCCACCAGCGCCCCAAGAAUCAGAAGGGGCCAGUUUCCAUGGAGAUGAAGAUUAGGGUGGAUUCUGAUGCUGUGGUAUCGAGAAAUGUUAUCACUAACUCUCAGAAGCAGAGGGUGGUGCAGUGUUCUGACAAAGGUGUGGACAAGAUACCGUACGGAAUUCCAUACAAUACCCGCUACCUGCUGCUUAUGAACAACCAGAUCGAUGGAAUCCAGCUGGACCUACUCAAGGAGUACCUCUCCCUAGAGUUUCUGGUGCUCACCAACAACCAUCUGACAGAUGGAUCUGUGGAAGGGGCCUUUGAAGAUAUGCGCCAGCUGAAGCGUCUUUUUCUUGAUCGGAACUGGCUAGGCAGUGUGCCUACUGGACUUCCAGCUUCGCUGGAGGAGCUGCGUCUGGAUGGCAACAAUGUGAGUGUGAUGUCAGAAGCAUCCUGGUCAUGCUGCCCUGCACUGCACCUACUCACUCUUGCCAACAACAGUUUGGGGGAGGAGUCAAUCCCCUCUGGGGCUUUUUCCCCAUUGGUCAGCCUACACACCCUGACCCUCAGUCACAAUCAUCUGAGCUCCACCCCCCUGCGCCUCCCCAGGCAACUCAGGGAGCUCUAUCUCCAUGGUAACCGCAUUGAACAGGUUCCAGGAGGGGUUUUUCCUGUUGGAUCGGCACUGCUGUCUCUGGACCUCAGCGCCAACCGCCUGCCUGAUGCUGGCCUACAACGGGACUCUUUCCAGCAUGCCCACAUGCUGGAGAGCCUAAAUCUGGAGGGAAAUCUCCUCAGAUCGGUGCCUCGGCACCUUCCGACCUCCUUGCGAACCCUCAACCUGGAGGGUAACCUGAUCAGCACUAUUGGCAAACGAGCCUUCCAAGGGCUACUGCACCUGGAACACCUUGGUCUGUCCCGGAACCACAUUUCCCAAGUGGCCCCUGGGGCCUUCCGUUGGCUGGCUGCCCUGCACCAACUGGACCUCAGCCACAAUGACCUGUUAGAGGUACCCCGGAAUAUCCCACCAAACCUUCACUCCGUUUUGCUCAACCACAAUCGCAUCAGCUUCAUCCCCCAAGAUGCCUUUUGUGCAGGAGGCCGGACCGCUGCUCCCAGCAGCUUGGUGAGGGUGCAGCUGGAGUGCAAUGUCAUUAACAUGCAGGAUUUGGACAGUCAUGCCCUCUGGUGCCUAAGGGGCUUCCAGGUUGUCCAUUUUUACUGA